CAGCCAGGCUGCAGUCGGAGACUCGCAGGCAGCAAAUACGGUGUGCGGAAACGCAUAGGCAAGAGGAGCAGGCAGCCGGGGGAGAGAGAGCUCCAUGCAAAGCCAAAAUAAAACACAUAGCAGAACAAACCCUUUAAUCCCCAACAAGCGGCGGCAGUAGCAGCAGCGAUCGUACAGUACAUAUAAAAAUAUCCUGCUCCUGCAUCAUGGUUUUUCAAACUAGGCUCCCUUCUUGGAUUAUUUUAUGCUCCAUCUGGCUGUUUCGCUUUGCACACACGGGGGAGGCACAGGCUGCAAAAGAAGUAAUAUUGCUGGACUCUAAAGCACAACAGACCGAGUUGGAGUGGAUUUCCUUUCCUCCCAAUGGGUGGGAAGAAAUUAGUGGACUGGAUGAAAAUUACACUCCUAUACGAACAUACCAGGUAUGCCAGGUCAUGGAACCUAACCAAAAUAACUGGCUUCGGACUAACUGGAUUGCAAAAGGCAAUGCACAAAGGAUUUUUGUAGAACUGAAAUUCACUCUGAGGGAUUGUAACAGUCUUCCUGGAGUACUGGGGACAUGUAAAGAAACUUUUAACUUACAUUAUUAUGAAACAGACUACGACACUGGCCGGAAUAUCCGAGAAAAUCAGUAUGUAAAAAUAGACACCAUUGCAGCAGAUGAAAGUUUUACCCAAGGUGACCUUGGAGAGAGAAAAAUGAAACUUAACACAGAGGUGAGAGAGAUUGGACCUUUGUCCAAGAAAGGAUUUUAUCUUGCAUUUCAAGAUGUAGGUGCCUGCAUUGCUUUGGUUUCUGUCAAAGUCUACUACAAGAAAUGCUGGUCUAUUAUUGAGAACUUAGCUAUUUUUCCAGAUACAGUGACUGGCUCAGAGUUUUCCUCUCUAGUUGAGGUACGAGGAACUUGUGUCAGCAGCGCAGAAGAGGAGGCUGAUAACUCUCCUAGGAUGCAUUGUAGUGCAGAAGGAGAAUGGUUAGUGCCUAUUGGAAAGUGUAUCUGCAAAGCUGGGUACCAGCAAAAAGGAGACACUUGUGAACCAUGUGGCCGAGGAUUCUACAAAUCAUCUUCGCAAGAUCUACAGUGCUCUCGGUGUCCUACUCACAGUUUCUCUGACAAGGAAGGAUCUUCCCGGUGUGAUUGUGAUGAUAGCUAUUAUAGAGCGCCUUCUGAUCCACCAUAUGUUGCGUGCACAAGACCUCCAUCUGCACCACAGAACCUCAUCUUCAAUAUCAACCAGACUACCGUGAGUUUGGAAUGGAGUCCUCCUGCCGACAAUGGGGGAAGAAAUGAUGUGACCUACCGAAUUUUGUGCAAAAGGUGCAGCUGGGAGCAGGGUGAAUGUGUUCCCUGUGGGAGUAACAUUGGAUAUAUGCCCCAGCAAACUGGAUUAGUAGAUAACUACGUCACUGUCCUGGACCUGCUGGCUCAUGCUAAUUACACUUUUGAAGUGGAAGCUGUAAAUGGGGUAUCUGACUUGAGCCGUUCCCAGAGGCUCUUUGCAGCUGUCAGUAUUACCACUGGUCAAGCAGGUUCUCUUGGGUCUGUACAAAAAUUCUCUCUUCUACUUACUACAGUAUUGGUGCUACAAGGAGCUGAAGAAAACAUACAGUGUGAAGGUUCUUCUGCAUAGGCUCCCUUUCUGAGUAUUUUAAACCUCUAUUAUCUUCCUGGGUGCCUGGAAGAUGACUUGGGUAUCUGACACUGUUUUCAUCAUUCAUGUCUUCCCUCUGGAUUACACUUCCAAUUUAUUUAAUUUGUCCAGAUAUUUGAGGAUGAAAUUCAGUGAGAAUGUGACAAUUAUUCUUUGUCCCUUAUAUUUAUCAUAAUCUGACAGGUGAAAUGUCAGGGAAAAUAAAAUCCACCUAGCAUAUCGCCCAUGGGGGGAAAAUGUAUCCAUUUUCUAUAUGUGGAAUAAAAAAAACCCUAGAAAAUCUCGUAUCAGGAUAGUGAAAUGGUAAAUUGCUUGUUGUUAAAAAAUCGUCUUCUGACUCUACUGUAUUUUGCUUUGUGGCAUGAUCUUGGGACAGUGUAGUAACCCUGCUAGGAAACUAACCAUCUGAGGUUUAAGCAGAAGUCUUAACCUGUGCAGUAAUUAUAUUUGCUGGGUUUCUGAAGGAAUUCUAAGUUGCAAAUAGGAAAUGAAUGUGUACAGACUGGUUUAAGAAAUAAUGCUAAGUAACGUUUUAAAGUAUUUCUCAUAAUUUAUAUGUCUUUUUAGCACUUUUUAUUGAUCAUCAUAAUCUGAUUUUUUUAAAUGCAGAUGUUUACUCUUUUCUGUGGAAGCAUUCACUAUACCAGUGCAUUUAAUCAUAGUCUACCCACUUUGGUCUCCAUAGUGAAUUGAAGGGCUGUGUGGGGGUCUGUGGAGAUAACUAAGAAAAACAGCCUUGAAAAUGUAAAAUGAUUACUAUCUUUUCAAUGAAAAGGGGCUAAACAUUUAUCUAAUUCUGAGAUUGUCUGUGACAUUUCUAGGUUCUGUGGAUCAUAGUCCUCAAAUUUAGGCUUUGUCAGGGUAGUUCAAGUAUUUCCACAUUGAUCUGCCAAUAUACCUCAGUUCUUGCCUAUAGGAAAUCUGUUUCCAUGUUCAUUCAGCCUUUGGUCUUUCUGUUGGGAUUAUGAAUGUAGACUAAUAACUGUCCAAAAGUUACCCCAUUUUGGCACCCUACUUUGCUGCCUUUAAAUCGCUUGGUUAUGGUUUUUGAAGCUGCCACCAAUUUAAUUAAAUGGCUGUCUCAUUUCAAGCAAACAGACGGACGGUGUUCAGGACAGCAUAUACAUCUAUUCUGAACUAUCCUAUGGUGAAGAAAAUUAGAGUCCUCUGGUAUUUAGUUGGCGAAAUUGACUUCCAUUAUAUGUACCUUAGUGAUCCAGUAGCACACCAAAUAUGUAUGAGGAAGUGUGGUCCAGUGACUGAAUUCAUAGCUAAGGAGGUGGGAAAAGACCUAUUAGGUCAUCUGUUCUAUCUGUCUGCCAAUAUAGGAUUCCUAGUACAUUUUCUAGUGUUUUCAUAGUCAUGGAUUUAUAGAUUUUAAGGCCAGAGGGGACCAUUAUGAUGAUCUAGUCUGAUAUCCUGUGUAACACAGGCUAUAGAAUUACUCCAAGUGAUUCCUGCAUCGAGCCCAUAACUUCUACAAUAAAUGCUGUAGCUCAUCCAGAAAGACAUCCAGUCUUAAUUUUAAAGCGUGUAAGUGGCGGAAAAUCCACCAUGUUUCUAGGUAAAUGUUGUAAGAGUGCAGAAGUCGAGAGACCUGGAUUCUGUUUUUAGCAUGCUUGCUCUCUAUGGCUUGUUGUGUGAUCUUGAGCAGGUCACUUAAGCCAACAUUUUCAAGUGUCCACUAAUUUUGAAAUUAUGGCACAAAGCCUAAUUUCAGUUGAGGUUCUGGAUGCUCAUCACUUCUGAAAAUCAGGAGCUAGAUAUCUCUGGUUUGGCAAUCAAAUAGUGACACAUCAUGGGUCCGGUUUUGAAAGUUUGUUUUCAAACUCUGCGCUGCAGUUGCCCCAUCUGUAAAAUGGAAACAGUACAUGCCCAUCUUUUAAAAAGCACUUCGAGAUCUUCUGAUGAAAAGUGCUAAAUAAAUGUAAAGUAUUUUUUUCUGUCUCAACUGCAGAAAUCCUUUUAAAGAAAAGACUAGCUUCCUUUUUAUAUUUUUCAAGAACAAUUAUAGUCACACAAAAGGAAUGUUCUCAUUUACAUUAUUUUGUAGCAAAAGGUUUUGCUGCAUAAUGCUGAUUUCUUUGGUUAAGUGUGUGUGGGGGAAAUAUUUUAUAUGGAACAGAUUGACUAUAAUUGAAAAUGGAGAGACUGGUUACACAAAGGACAGUGUAAUGCAUCUGUGCUCCUAUUUUAUUUUUACCAUGGAGAGAAGAAAAAUGUUAGAUUUAUUUAUAGCCAAGUAAACUAGAAUUCAUGCAGCUCUCAUUUGUGACUGGGACUCUUCUAUACUACUUCCAAAAAAUGAUUCUUUUUGUAUGCCUGUAUUGGUUUUUGUUUGUGUAAAUGUGUGUAUGACUAAACCCUUUGCACUCUCUAUUGUGUUGUCACGUUAGGUGGCUAUAUGUAAUAACUGGGCAUACCACAUGCAUGGAAUCUUGCAGUGAGAUUUGCCCUUUUUGUGUUUUGUUUCAAUGAAUGGAUCCCUGGGGCUAUCUUCCCAAAUUCAAAUAAUUGUGUAAUGAUAACUUGAAAUCAUUUAUAAAGGAAUGAGGUUACAGAAUACCUUCUGCUCAUUAAUCUGCUUUUAUUCUCCCACGUAUAACGGAACCCUAAUGGGACAAAGAGAUCAUGUCAGGGAAGGGGAUGCCAAGUUGAGUAACACAAGGGGGCUAGAUGUUUAAGAUCAAAUUAUUUGUUUUUGUGAAAUAAAUAUGGGUGGAGGAGGUAGGUAAGUGGAUAAACUGCAUUCCAGCAUCACAAUGCUUACAAUAUUUAUGUGUGAUGCACAGCUAUUGGAUCUUGUGUUUAAAAACUGUGUGGUGUUAUAGGCUGUAUCCAGAGCCAUGCGGCCCACUUUACAAAAACACAAAAGAACAAAGUCAGAAGUGGAUACAAAAAGUAUGUGAACCCAAAGGUGUGACCUAGCAAUUUCCAAAGAUCAUGAAUCUAAAUUGAGGUUUACUGGUAUGAAAUGUGCAAAAUAAACUCUGAUCCUGCAAGCUGAUCUAUGCAGACCCAGGUGGCCACCAGUCUUGUAGGAGUGGGACCUACUCCUGUAUAAGCCCCAGACACAGUGGAUGAGUGCAUUGGCGAGGGAGGCAAAGGAGUGGUGCACUACCCACCUUGUGGGGGCCUGUAAGAAAGUUGUUCAUGGAGGGUGAAAUUCACCUAUGUUUUUGCUAGGGGUCACACAAGGCUUAUGCACUAUUUAAGACUCCAUUAAAUCCUCAAAAUGGGGCUUAAAUGUAUUGGUAUGAACUAUGUAUUGGUAAUUUGCUUAUAGCCCUCAAUUUCUUUUGUAAAAUACAUGAAUAUUUUUUUUUGUCUGUAAAUGUAUGCCAGUUAACUAGAAUUGAUACUGAUAGUGAAUACUGGACCAAAAUUUAAUCACCUGAUUCCUGCAGACAAUCCCACUGAAGCCCAUACAACCCUGUUUUCACUGUUGAAAUGCUGUUUGGAUCCAAGAGCAGACUUGCAUGCAACAGCGUGGUGCCACUGAGAGCUUUGUGAGUGCACUUGGGAAUGCAUUUGUUCAGAUAUAAGUUACAGUAGGGUUGGUGAACUUCUUUGUCUUGCACCAUCCUCUUAGUCCCUUUAUGACUUCCUGGACCACAGUUGGUCUUGCGUUAGCGAGAAAUUCACCUUUUCGCACCCAUGGAAUAACUUCUUUCUGAUUGAUCACAACACCCCCCCCCCGCCUUCCAGAUUUCCUACUCUCCCCACCUACCACCCACGAGACUACAAGGAGUUAGACUCCUUUUGUGAUAACUUGGUAUUUAUCAGGUGUGCAACUUAGAUUACUUUAGCACUUAGGCCCCAAUAUUUACAUCACUGAUAAUUCUAUCCCAUAUAAUUGGAGUUGUCAUUUAAGGGAGUUAUAUAUUUAAGCAGUCAUCACAUUUUUACCAAUGUGUAUUAUUACCAGUGUUUUUAAAACUACCUUAUUCUGUAUUCUUUCUUACCCAAUAAACACUGAUGGAUCACUCUGUAUUUUCAGGAAUGCCAGGAAUGACCUGCUGAGUGCUUGCUCUGUCUCAACAAGUGAAAGUCACCCAGUAGUUUUGUUCCAAACCCAUUCCACAU